GGCUCGAGACGGCGGCGCGUGCAGCGGCGGCGGCGGCAGCAGCAGCUCCUCCAGCAAGAGGCUCAGUGGGCAGCGUCGCGCUGCGUUUCCACAAGCAAGAAGCGGAGAGUCCGGAGCGGCGGCGCCGGCGGCGGGGUUGGCGGCAAGAUGCUCAAGGUAGCCGCCUUCGCGUGUGUGUGGGCAGCCGCUUGGUGCAGUCAGGCGGUGGUAGCGGCGGCGGCGGCGGCGGCGGCAGCAGCGACGGGCGCCGGGGGCAGGUCAGACAGCGGCAAUUUUCUGGAUGAUAAACAAUGGCUUACCACUAUCUCCCAGUAUGACAAGGAGGUUGGACAAUGGAACAAAUUCCGAGACGAUGAUUAUUUUCGCACAUGGAGUCCAGCCAGACCUUUUGAUCAAGCUUUAGACCCAGCUAAAGAUCCAUGCUUAAAGAUGAAAUGUAGUCGUCAUAAGGUAUGCGUUGCUCAAGACCAACACACAGCUGUUUGCAUUAGCCACCGGAGACUUACGCACAGUAUGAAGGAGGCUGGCUUAGGCCAUAAACAAUGGAGAGUUGGUCCCUUGUCAUCAAAAUGCAAGCAGUGUCCAGUGGUUUAUACUAAUCCUGUUUGUGGAUCAGACGGCCAUACUUAUUCCUCUCAGUGCAAACUAGAAUAUCAAGCCUGCGUCUUAGGAAAACAGAUCUCAGUGAAAUGCGAAGGACAUUGCCCUUGCCCUUCAGAUAAAUCCACAGGUGAUGGCAGAAAUAAUAGAAGGGUGUGCAGUGACCUGGAGUUCAGAGAGGUUGCAAACAGAUUGCGAGAUUGGUUCAAGGCUCUUCAUGAAAGCGGAAUUCAGAAGAGGACUAGAAUUGUACAAAGACCUGAAAGAAGUAGAUUUGAUACCAGCAUUUUGCCAAUUUGCAAGGACUCUCUUGGCUGGAUGUUUAACAGGCUUGAUACAAACUACGACCUCCUACUGGACCAGUCAGAGCUUGGAAGCAUUUACCUUGACAAGAACGAACAGUGCACCAAGGCAUUCUUCAACUCUUGUGACACUUACAAAGACAGUUUGAUAUCUAACAAUGAGUGGUGCUACUGCUUUCAAAGGCAGCAAGACCCACCUUGCCAGACAGAGCUCAGCAACAUUCAGAAACAGCAAGGGGGAAGGAAGCUCCUAGGGCAGUAUAUACCUUUAUGUGAUGAAGAUGGUUACUACAAGCCAACUCAGUGCCAUGGAAGUGCAGGACAGUGCUGGUGCGUGGACAGAUAUGGCAAUGAGGUAACAGGAUCCAGAACACAUGGAGCUGCAGACUGUGCUAUUGAUCUGGAAACAUCAGGUGAUUUUGCCAGCGGUGAUUUCCAUGAAUGGACGGACGAUGAGGAUGACGAUAUGAUGAAUGACGAAGAUGAAAUUGAAGAUGACGACGAGGAUGAAGGGGACGAUGAUGACGACGAUGACCACGAAGGAUAUAUUUGAUGCUUUUAGCUGUGACUAAAUUGUCUCUUUCUACAAGAUGACGCCCCAGAAAAUUCCUAUACCUUCGAAGGUCAAAAGGAUUCUAAACAACAUGUAUAUUUUGUAUGAUUAUUUGAAAUAUUGAAGCUGGAGUCAUAGACUUCCUUUGUUUAAAUGAAAAGCAUUAUAUUAUGUGUUGUUUUUAUAUGCCGUUGAGCAGAAGAAAACACACUGGAGUCUAGCCUGAAGAAAGAAACAUAUGUGUGCUACUAAAAAAAUAAUAAUAUGUGCAGAUAAUCAUAAGGACAACCAAACUUAAAACCUUCCGUGAAAAAGACAUCUUCUGUUUGGAAUUGUGUGUGUAUGGCCGCUUCCAGCAGGUGCUCUGUGAUAAGUAAAGCAACUUAAACUUUAGCAGUGAUUUAGGCCAUGUGGACUUCUUUGCAUGGGCACAAUAAGGAAAGUUUGAUUAAGGAAAUAACCUGUCGCCAGCCUAUAAUUUACCACAGGAGUGGAGAAACUGUGACUAUAGAAGAAGGUGUCAGGUCCUCCUUUGUGUUUGCAACUGUUAUGUUUUUGACUCUGAAAUUACUACCAUCUUGAAAUGACAUUUUAAAUGCAGUAAACCAGGAAAAGUAUAGAUUCUGCAAAUCUAAAGUUUUGUUGUCCUUUUGUUCUUUUAUUUCUUCCUUGUUCAUGUCAAAAUCAUGUAAGCUUGUUAUGCGUGCAGGCGGCCUGAUGAUUUUACUUUUAUUUCUAUAGUAUUCUAACCAUAAAUUUUAGUUUAACAUAUUUUAACGGGAAAACUUUGCAUAAAGAGUGUGUUUUUAUAUUACUGUGUUGGAGAAUGACACAUGCCCUAAGAAAUGCUUUUGAACCCUAACUGUGACUUUUUAGUUUCCAGGCUCAAACUAAUUUUGCAUCUCUCUCCUAAUUCAUGCCCUGUUUGGAUAUUAGUUCAAAUUUUUAGAGGAGUUAUUGUAAGGUGCCUUGCAAAAUAGAAAUAGAAAGAUUUAUAGCAUGCAUACCAAUAUAAGAUUAUUAGGCAUUAGCCAAGCAUUUCCAAAUUCCAAAUUUAAUAUCAAUAUAGGUACUGCUGCUGGAAUGGAGAAAUACGUUAUUUCCCACCCCCCACCCCAUUGUUAUGUAAUUACCAUGUAGAAUACAUUAUAAUUCUUAAGUAGGGUUGCAUUCAAAAUUGACUGUAGAGAAAAUUAUUUUAAUCACUAUAUUUAUGUUAGCAUGUUAAUUAAUUGUGUAGACAUUCUAAAACUCCACUACCUUCAUUCAUAUCAGACCUGUGGCUUUGUGCCAUAAUAAAAUUGAAAGAACCUGUGUAAUAUUAUGCAAGCAGUUGUUUAAUUUCAACUCUGUGUUAACUGUUUUCCCUGAUUUUUAUCUGCAGUUAAUUGCAAGAAAAAAUGGUUUCUUCUUUGCAUUUAAUUUCAAUAGGUUUAAUAACUAAAUUUAAUGAUUAUCUUAUGUAACAUUAAAGUAUACUGCAGUUUUCUUUUUUAUGUUUAUGUAUAGGUUGCAAAAUAAAGACUCUCAUAACCAA